AUCAAAUGUAAAAUAUCAAAUAGAUGAGAGAAAAGUAUGAAUAAAUCAAAAACAUGAAUCCAAAAAGAUCCAACAGUGCUAGAUCUUAAAUGAGUCAAUCAAAAUAUCAGAUUCAAAUCAGUUAGUCUUAAUAACGAUUAGAAAAUACAUAAUCCUUAUUAUGUAGCCCUUGUUAUAAUAGGAAAUUAUAUGAGUAACGGGAAUUCUUAAAAAGACAAGAAAGUGAAUUAGAAAAGGUCUUAUAUUUUAUAAACUUUUAGAACCUAACUAAAAAAUAAUUGGAAAUCAAUCUGAAGGAAGAGUAGUCAAAAUCUAAAUUUGAACAAUAAUAAAUAAUCCAAAAGAAAUAGAUAGAAUAGCAUAAUUUAUAAUUAUCAAGUUAAUACUAUUUAAAGAAAUAAGAAAUGCAAUAAAAACAGAAAGCUUAAGAAAUAGAAUUUCAAAGGGAAGUUAUACUUAAAAACUAAGAAAUAGAGUAAUAUGAAAAAAUGCAAAAAUUAUAAAAAUUAUAGAACCUCGGAUAAGAAUUGAAGGAAUAGAUAGAAGAGAAAAAAAGAUAGACUUUGCAAAAUUAUCAUUAAAACAAUGAAAUCAUUGAUGAUCCUUAUUGGAGGCAUUAAUCUUAAGGAGAAAAAGAGGUUUAACAAAGAAGAAAUUAUUAAUAACAAUAUGUCAAUAAUAAUUGGACUCAUUUUGAGAGAGAAAGAUUAAAAAAGAUAAAUAAGAAAAAAGAAGAUUAGGAAAAAGAUUUUUAAGAUAGAAUUAAAGCUUUAAGAGAUUAUGAUCAUUUUUUAUAACAAGAAAAACUAGAAAAAAUUAAUACAUAGAGAUAAUUAAUAUAAAAUUUGUGUGAAUAAGUUUAAAAAAAAAAGGAAAGAGAUUUUUAAGAAAAACUGCUUAAUCAACGAUUGUAAAGAGAGAGAGAUCAAUAAGAUAUAUUAAAAUAGUAAGAAAGAGAAUUGAGAGAAAUUAAAAACAAAAAAAGUAUCAAUCAAUAAAUGAUUAUGGGAUUGGAUAAUCAGCUUAGUUUCAAGAAAUCUAAUAUUAGAAAAACCCAAGAAGAUUCUUGUAAUAAUACACUUUUGUUAUAAUCCCAAAUUAAUAAAUAAAUGGUACCUUGUUCAAACUGUAAAAGGUGCCAAGACCCAUCAUUUUUGAGUUUAUAAUGAUUUUUGCC